AUGACGACUCGCAAAAGAAACGAAUUCCUAGACAUCGUCUCCGACGACGAUGAGGGCAGUGACCGCGGCUACGACUCUGAGGCCGCGGAGGAGAGCAAAGGUCGAUUGGCGAAGCGACGCAAGACACACACGCGUGCAGACGAUCUCAGCGACGAGGGAUCAGAUAUCGGCAGCUCAGAGUCAGAAGAUGAGUCGAAGACCAGGCCCAAGGGCAAACCAAAGUCCAAGUCCCAAACAGCGGAACGCAGCAAUGACAGCGACGACGAAGACGAAGACGGGGAGAGAAUGCAAGUAGAUCAGUACCUCGACGCAAAGACCACACACUCACCCUCACAAUCACGAUCGCAAUCACCAUCCACAUCCAGCGUCAACUCCAAACCGACAAAACUGAAGAAGAAACCCCUCGAUAAAAUCCGCCCGCCCAAGAAGAACAAAACAGGCGUCAUCUACCUCUCCUCUCUCCCUCCGUACCUUAAACCCUUCGCUCUGAAAUCCAUGCUUGAAACCCGCGGCUUCGGACCCAUCACCAAGGUCUUCUUGACACCAGAGGUCCCAUCGGCCUCCGCCCCUCGCCGACGAUCCAACAAGCGGAAAUCCUACGCUGACGGCUGGGUGGAAUUCGCCUCGAAGAAGACGGCGAAGAUCUGCGCGGAGACGCUGAAUGCGACCAUCGUCGGCGGGAAGAAGGGCGGGUGGUACCAUGAUGAUGUGUGGAACAUGAAGUAUCUGAAGGGCUUCAAGUGGGCGGAUCUCAUGGAGCAGGUGCAGCGGGAGAGGUCGGAGAGGGAGGCGAAGAGGCGGAUUGAGGAUACAAGGGCCCGGAAGGAAGAUAAGGUGUUCUUGCAGGGUGUGGAGCAGGGUAAGGUUCUGCAGGGGAUCCAGAAGAAGAACGAGGAGAAGAAAAAGAAGAAAGGGGAGACGGGGGCCGGUGAGGGUGAGGCGGCUGCUGAUGCGGCUGCGGCUGCAGCUGACCUCAAGGUCCGCAGGCUGUUCAAACAGAACGAGGUCAAGAUGGGACGGGAUAAGGUCAAGGAUAUCUCUACGUUGGAAGAUGAUGCGAAGCGCGUGCUGAGUAAAAUCUUCUAA